AUGAAAGAUGCUGAGGGUUCGACAGACAGAAAAGCCGGGGGCAAUUUCGAAUCUAUCGAGGUGAAGCGUGGCGAGACGAAGCGACACGAGACGAGACGAGAAAAGGAAGUUGAAACCUUUAGACUAAAAAGGAGGGCAGAGUCUAUCUAUCUACGUAUUGGUGCCGAUGCGAAUGCCGAUGCGGAUGCAGGUCCAGAAGUCGAGGUCGGAGUCCAGGUCCAGGUCCAGGUCGAGGUCGAAGUUGAAGUUGAAGUCGAAGUCGAUGCUGGUGAUGGGGUUGAUAUAGCGAAGUUGUCAGCCGCGGUCGAGAUGGGGAGUCGCGAUCGAGUUGCGAUCGUGUCGCGCCUGAAGACGAAGUUCGGCUUUAGUCCCUUGUUCCCUUUCCCUCGUACUGCCACUCCCACUGCCUCUCCCACUCCUUCCUGGCUUCGCUUUGCUUAUGCUUCGUCUCAACUCUGCCGCAGUCUUCAGGUUCCGGAGAUCGCGACGGCUAUUGGCCAGCCUGGCCGUGUUUCAACUUUGCACGACGCAGGACAGGACUUGGGACCUUGGGACCUUGGAAUCUUGGUCUCUUGGUCGCUUGGGCUCUUGGGCUCUUGGUCUCUUGGUCUCUUGGGAUCUUGA